AUGCGCUCCCCCUCCGAAAGGAUGGCCCCAAUGAAUAUGCCUAAGGUUUGUUUUGGUAUAACUGACCAGCUAGGUAUGCUGAAUCGCCUCACACCCGAGACAACGAGGGAAGCAGCAAAAGAAAUCAUCGACGGAGUCCGUGUAUCCACCGACUGGUUUUCGACUAGUAUGCAAAAACCGUGUUUUGGCCGGCCAAAGCUCGAACAUGUUGUGAAGAACAAAGCGCCGCGGGCUGUAAACGACGACAGCCUUCCUUUCAAUACGUAGAUUAGCUCUCAGUGGGAUGGAUUCCGACACUAUGGGUAUCAAAAUGAGAAGAUCUAUCUCAACGGGUGUACUCUGGAGGAGAUCCAGAGUGGGGAUAGAAAUGGGAUCCACGCGCUAAUUGCCUCAGUAUGGGUUGAGAAUGGUGGAAUUGUAGGACGCGGCGUUCUCCUCGAUUACGCCUCCUGGGCUGAAGAACAUGGGAUACAAAUCAACUGCUUCUCUACCUCAUCUAUUUCUGUCUCUUUUCUAAAAGAAAUUGCCAUCAGCCAGGGAACAACUUUAAAAACAGGCGAUAUCCUGUUCAUCCGCACUGGCUGGACCCACGCCUACGAGAAGCUCUCCGCAGAACAAUGCCAAGAGCUAGCUACUGUUGCGGGGGAUAUGCCCAGUUUCGAAGCAUGGCCAUACCAGAAUACUGACUUUUGGUUGCAUGAGUGGGUGCUCGCGGGCUGGGGCUUCCCUAUUGGAGAAUUGUUUGAUCUGGAUCGACUGAGCCAAGAGUGUCGGAAGCGGAACCGAUGGAGCUUCUUCUUCAGUAGUGUUCCGUUGAAGGUCCCUGGUGGAGUUGCUAGUCCACCAAAUGGUGUUGCGAUUUCUUGA